AUGUUUUUGCAAUUGAGAUCCAAAUGCCCAAGAAGGUUUUUAAAUGGGUCUUUUGUAGAAAAAAUAUACCGCAAACAACCAACCGUAUCUCCCACUUCUUUUAAAUUUUCUUAUAAACUUGCCCGUUCAUCAAGUUACCAAGAUUACAAGUUCUUUUCUUCAAGUUCUGCAUGCAAGUUGGAAGCGUUUGCACCCCUAGACACUUUUCCUCGCAGACAUAUUGGUCCUUCUGAUACAGAAAUAAAAAGCAUGCUGGCGUUUGUUGGUGUCAAAGAUUUGGAGGACCUCGUUUCAAAAACAAUUCCAGCCAACGUUCGGACCACCAAAUCACUCUCACUCGAAAACGGCCUAACUGAAAAUGCUUUAAUCAAAAGACUGCGUGAUAUUGCAUCCCAGAACAAAACUUUCAAGUCAUACAUAGGAAUGGGCUAUACAGACACAAUUGUUCCUCCUGUAAUACUGAGAAAUGUCUUGGAAUCUCCGGGCUGGUAUACCCAAUAUACGCCAUAUCAACCAGAAAUAUCCCAGGGUAGACUAGAAUCUUUACUGAAUUUCCAAACGAUGGUUACGGAUCUCACCGGCAUGUCUAUUGCAAAUGCCUCCUUAUUGGAUGAAGGCACUGCUGCAGCUGAAGCGAUGCUGAUGUGCUAUUCCUUUGCGCAACGCAAGCGAAAUGUAUUUUUCGUUGAUAAAAAUUGUCACCCUCAAACAAUUUCUUGUUUAAACACGCGAGCUGAAAGCUUUGGUAUACGUAUUAUUAUCGGGGAUUCUUUCAAUUUUGAUUUCGACCAAUAUGAUAAAGAUUUGGCAGGAGUCUUAAUCCAAUAUCCUGCUACAGAUGGGUCAAUAUACGACUUUUCAUCACUCGCACAAAAAAUCCAUUCUUUAGGAGGGCAAGUUGUAUGCGCUACUGAUCUUUUAGCUCUGGCUAUCGUUGUACCACCGGGUGAAUUGGGCGCUGAUAUUGCGCUCGGAAAUAGUCAACGCUUUGGGGUUCCACUAAGUUAUGGUGGUCCACAUGCAGCAUUUAUUGGAUGUAAAGAUCAGCAUAAACGAAGAAUGCCUGGACGACUUGUAGGAGUUUCUAAAGAUACAUUUGGUAAUAAAGCGUAUCGAUUGUCUUUGCAAACACGAGAACAACACAUAAGAAGAGAAAAAGCAACUAGCAACAUAUGUACAGCUCAAGCUUUACUAGCAAAUAUGUCUGCUAUGUACGGUGUUUACCAUGGACCUGAGGGAAUAAAAGCAAUUGCACAUCGUGUUCACAAUCUCACAAGCAUCUUGGCAGAGGCAAUACGGCAAUUAGGAUAUACUAUCAAAACCGAACAAUUCUUCGACACGCUUAAUGUUUAUGUAGAUGAAGGUGCAGAUAUUCUCAUAAAAAAGGCAAUUGACGCACAAAUCAAUCUACGUAAAGUAAAUGAGCACACCGUUGGUAUCACAUUGGAUGAAACAGUUACCAAAGAGGAUUUGGAUAUUCUUUUAAAUAAAGUUUUUUCGAAGACUAGUGACUUGCAAUCCCCGAAUUUAGCUGAAAUUGCCAAAACAAUCAAAUCAGAGAUUGAUUCUCGAUUAAUUCGCAAAAGUUCUUUUAUGAAACAUCCUGUUUUCAAUUCCUAUCACUCAGAAACUGAAAUGCUUCGAUACAUUUACCAUCUGCAGUCUAAAGAUCUUUCUUUAGUGCAUUCAAUGAUACCGCUGGGUAGUUGCACAAUGAAACUCAAUGCCACAGUUGAAAUGAUGCCAAUUACUUGGCCAGAAUUUACUAAUAUUCAUCCUUUUGCUCCAGUUGAUCAAGCUGAAGGUUACCGAAUUUUAAUAAAGGAGUUAGAAAAUGACCUUGCUAAGGUGACCGGUUUUGAUGGAAUAUCGAUGCAGCCCAAUUCUGGAGCACAAGGAGAAUAUACUGGGCUUCGAGUAAUUCGUGCUUAUCACCAAUCAAAAGGCGAAGAAAAACGCGAUGUUUGCCUGAUUCCAGUCUCUGCGCAUGGGACAAACCCAGCUUCAGCUGCAAUGGCGGGAUUAAAAGUCGUACCUGUCAAGUGUCAAACGAAUGGUGAUCUUGACAUGAAAGAUUUGGAAAAUAAAGCGAUCAAAUACUCGGAUCAUUUAGCGGCUUUCAUGGUCACAUAUCCUUCUACAUUUGGUGUGUUUGAACAAGGGGUCGUUGAAGCAUGUAAAAUAAUACAUGAGCACGGUGGUCAAGUAUAUAUGGAUGGUGCUAAUCUUAAUGCACAGAUUGGCCUAUGUAAUCCUGCCGAAAUUGGUGCUGAUGUUUGCCACUUGAAUCUACACAAAACAUUUUGCAUUCCACAUGGUGGUGGUGGCCCGGGAAUGGGCCCAAUUGGCGUUAAAUCUCAUCUCGUUCCUUUUUUACCGGGUCAUCCUAUCAUCUCAACCGGUGGUGAUCAAGGAAUUGGCCCAAUUGCAGCAGCUCCUUUUGGUUCCGCCGCCAUUCUUCCUAUUUCGUGGGCGUAUAUUAAGCUGAUGGGUGCUGAAGGAUUAACAGAUGCUACUCGGAUAGCACUUCUCAAUGCUAAUUAUAUGGCUCGUAGAUUAGCAUCUCAUUACAAAAUUCUUUUUACAAACCAAAACGGGAUGUGUGCACAUGAAUUUAUCAUUGACAUUAGACCAUUUGGAAAAUCUGCGGGAAUUGAGGCGAUUGAUAUUGCAAAACGUUUACAGGACUAUGGAUUCCAUUCUCCAACAAUGUCUUGGCCUGUGCCUAAUACAUUAAUGAUCGAACCUACCGAAUCUGAGUCAAAAGCUGAACUAGAUCGAUUCUGCGACGCAAUGAUUUCUAUACGAAAGGAAAUACAAGCGAUAGAAGAAGGCAAACAAUUAAAAGACAAUAAUUUGUUGACUAAUUCUCCGCAUACUAUCGAAGUUCUUAUUAAGGAGACUUGGGAUAAAGCGUAUUCGCGAGAACAAGCCGCGUUUCCUGCAAAUUAUCUAAAAGAACGAAAAUUCUGGCCAAGGGUUGGAAGAUUAGAUGAUGCUUAUGGCGAUAAAAAUCUUGUGUGUUCGUGUCCGCCUAUUGAAGAUUAUGAUUUUGAGAAACAAAAUUAG